AUGGGCGCGGCCUGCGCCGCCGAGCAGAUUGCCAGGGCUGCGCCCUGGCUGGACGCGGCCCUCGGAUGCAAGGCGCCGGAGCACGCAUGGGAGCUGGAUGGCUUUCAGACUGCCGGUCAUGGGAACCCGGGAGGCGUGCUGUUGGAGUCUAAGAUGGCCUUGCACCCUGCCUUGGGAGCAGGGCCGCAACACGUGGGAGUGGCCGUGGGCUGGAAUGCGGUGACGCAAAACUUUGUAAGCCAAGCGCUCGUGAACGUGUUAGGGCUCUUUGUACGGCCUGCCGCAUUUCUUCGAGUAUUGUUGACAGAUGGCGGAAGUGCACCCAUCCUAGGACAAGCCGUGCUUCGGUUGAAGCUAGGUCCGAUCCGGAUAAAUCUUCCAGCGAUAGUGCUGUCAGCACUAGCAUCGGCAGCUGAUGUGAUUGUGGGCAUCGAUUCCCUCGAACGGUAUGGUGCUGACAUGAACCUAGGAAAGAAUACCUUGACCAUCUAG